AUGGAGCUCCACAUGGAGCAGCUGCGGCAAAUCGUCCGCCGGGCCGAGAAGCGCCAUGGCCAGACGCAGCACCUCUCGCUCGUCCAGGUGCUCGAAGCCGCUGCACUCGAAGAGCACCCGACCUCGACGCAUCGCGAUCUGCACCGGUCGCUCCUCACGCUGGCCCUUGACCCCGAGGAGGACUGGUGGAAGAAGCUGUCGCGGCUGGCGUCGACGCGUCCGAGCCGACGCGCGCCGGCGCGGGAUCGAACCGCGUCGGUCGACCGCUUCUCCGACGUCCUUUCCGCAACAGCAGCGUCGGCACGGACGACCAUGACGAUGAAGACGAGCGUUGACGGACGCCGCGCGCGUUCCACCAUGUCCGUCGCCGACAAGAUGACUGCCACCCGCGCACUGGUUGCCGUCGACGCGCAGUCGUACGAGAGCUUCCGCCGGCUCUCGAUGGUCUUUACCCACUGGACGCGUUAUGUGCUCGAAGCGCGGUCCCGGCGCCUCGCACCGAUCCAGCUGCGCUGCCUCUUUCGGUGGCUCGACAGGUCGCUGCCGACAGCGGAUCCGACGGCCGUUGGAUCGACGCUGGCAUCGGUCGCGCUCACCAAAUCGCUCCAUGUUUCUUCCAAGCGCAUGGCGCUCUUCUUGCACGCCGAUGCCACGCUGCGCAGCUGGGUGCUCCUCAAGGUCUGGCGCGCGUGGCUUCAGCAUGCACGCGCCGACCUACAUCGCCGGGUCACGGUCCAGCACCGCUUCUACAACGCGCGGCACCGGCGCGCGCGCGAUCUAUUGCGUCUCUGGCAUCGCUAUGCUCUCUGCGUCGCUCCCAAAGAGCGGUGCAUGGUGACGCGCCACGGUCAGCAAACGGUGCGAUUGCUUUGGCGCGCGUGGAAAGCCGCUAUGCGCCUUCGCGGCGCCGGCCACGCACACGUGCUGCAUACACAGCAGCGGAUCUUUCAGCGGUGGCGCACCUACUAUCACCAGAGACGGCUGCAGCGCGCGCGUGUCGACGCCGACGCGGCCAUGGCCUCGGCGCGGCGACUGGCGCAGGUCUUUCGCGCGUGGAAGACGGGGACGCUUCGGCAGCAAGAGGCGGCGUGGCGCGGCCACCAAGCGCGCUGUCGCCGCGCCUUGUGUCGAUGGCGGACGCUUUGCGUACGGUCCCACGCCUUUGGCCUCGUGCAGCACACGUAUGGCCUUCGGCAAUUGCGCGCGUGCGUUGUCCAAUGGCGUCGGUAUCUUCCUCGGCAACAAGCCAAGCGGCUCCUGCAUGCUCGCUGCGACCAUGUCGCCCACCUGUCGAUGCGGCGGCGGGCCUUGGUGAUGUGGAUCGAGCAAUGUCGCCGCGGUCGGUAUCACCGCCUCGUGCUUGCCCGAGCCAACGACCAUUGUGCCGAUAGGCAAAUGCAGAGGACCUGGCGCGCGUGGCACCAGCUGCUGCACACGGCGCGCCGACGUCGGUUCCUGCAAACGACGGUCGCCGCAGCGUUUCGACGCUGCGAUGCGCUGUACUGGGUCGCGCGCUGGCGAGUGUCGACGGCGGCCGCGCUCGAAACGCAGACAGUCGACCUGCGCAACGUGCAGACGGUGCGGAAGCGGCGCUUUUGGCGGCUCUGGAAGGCCCGUCGAUUUCACGCCACGGUCGCCGCAGUCUUGACGUCGCAGAUGACGUCGCAUACCAAAAGCUGUGCGAUGGUGCUCUGGCGGCGCUUUGUCGCGCAACGGCAGGCGCGUCACGCACGAUGGAUGACAGCGUGGGCGUGUCACCACCGCCACUUGCAGCAGCGCAGCUUGCGCCGCUGGCACGAGACGCUGCGACAGCAGCAGCGGAUCACGCGCCUCUUGGCUACCGCGGUGCAAAACCACAUGGGCCGCACGUUUGGCACGUGGCGUGCGAGCGUCCAGUACGGUCGUCGCCUACGAAAGGUGCAGGCACUCGCGCGUCAACGCCACCAAGAGAAUGUGACGCGCGGGUCGUGGCACUGCUGGCGCCGUCGCUUUCACCACCAGCGAUGUGCCGCGGCGUACUUGAGACAGCAAAACGACAAGCUACGAAGGCAGUUGUUUGCGGCAUGGGUAGCUACGCGCCACUGGCUGCGGCACCGUCUCGAGCAUCUGCAGAGUCGUCAAGGCACCGCCGCUCUGCGACGGGUCUGGCGUCACUGGCAAGUGUCUGUCGUCAAAACUCGCGAGCGCAAGCGUCGCUCGGAGAGAGUCCGACACCAGUGGCAAGUCCUCGAAGGCCACUCGGCCUGGGUGGCAUGGCGUCAAGUUUACAUGGCGCGGUGCGCCGCCGCUGCAAAGAUCAAGACGACGAUUGCGUGGUGGCGCCACCACUUUCAAAAGCAGUGGUUUUUCGCCUGGCGCGCCGUCGCAAGAGACGCCAGAGCCCUGCGCCAGCGCGGCCAAGACGUCGCCCGGCGCCUUCUUGGCCACGCGGUGCGGCGAUGCUUUGAGCAAUGGCUCGUGUGGCGCCAGACGCAGCAAGCCAAGCACGCGUCGCGCGUGCGAGCGACGCACUUUUGCCUCCGUCGUGCAAUCGAUACGUGGCACGCUGCCAGCACGUUUCGUCGACGGAUACACGUAUUGAAACCGCGCGCCAUGACGUGGCAACGCCAGCGCACGCUACGGUGCAAUAUGAGCCACUGGCGCCUCUGGCUCGAUCGUCGGCGGCAACGCGCCUCGUCCAAGCAGCGUGCUCUGGUGCACUGGACACGGACGUCGCUGGCGACUGUCUUUGGAGAGUGGUUCACCGCGCGGUCACUGCUUCACCUCGUGUUUGGUGCUUGGGACCAGUACGUUGUUCUUCGCCACAAGUGUCAUUCGUUCAUGCGGCUCGUCGAAGAGCGAUGGCAGACAGUGUCGCUGGGCCAAGCCUACAGAGCGUGGGCGGUCUACUCUCGGAAGCGCUCGCACCACCGACGCAAGUACCUCACAGCGCUCCACCAUUGGCAUGCGGGUUUGCUCGGGGCUUGCUAUGCCCACUGGCAACAGUGGAUCAACCUGCGACGACAGCGACACGCGAUCUUCCGGCGCUGGGCCACGCGACAACAGCGCCGUGCGAUUGGCCAAUGGAGCGACUUUGCCCUUUGCCAAAGCGAGUACGCGGCCUUGCUUGCUGCUGGCGAUGCCACGUAUGACAACCGAUUGCAGUUACGCGUUUUGCGUGGAUGGCAAGUCGCCACCCAGCACCAACUCUGGUGCAAGCAAGCCAUCACGCACGCCGUCUGCAUGCAAACUACGCGGUGUGCUGCUCGUGUGUGGCAGCACUGGGCGGCCUACAGCGCAUACCGUGUCGCCAAGCGGCACGAAGCUGGCAUGGCGCUCGCCUUGUAUCAUGCCACGCUGCUCAAGUCGAUCUUCCGCAAGUGGCAAACGAUUGGCCACGUACUCGCGAGCGCGCGUCUGGCGCUGCUGGCCACGACGCUGCGCCUUCAGAUGCUGCAGCAGCUCUCAUGCUUUCGAGCGUGGCUGGCAUUUGCGCAUACCUCCUUGCGUCACCGACGACUCCUCACGUCGUAUCUCGCCCGCGAACGAAAGCGGCGCCUACGCCGUCUUUUGCGAGCAUGGCACGCAUGCACCAGCGAACGCGCCCACCGUCGGCAACUUGCGGCAACACACCAUCAAAGUAGCCAGCUCCGGCGCGGUCUAGACGGGUUCGAAGCCAGCGUGUUGCUGGCCAAGCAACGCCAGAGAGCCGAGUCGACCGCCCGGCGAUUCCUGGUGCGAAGCGUCGAGCGUCGGCUCUGGCUCAACUUUUGCAAAUGGCGCGAAUUCACCGACCGAAAACUACGCGCCAAACAUGCGCUCACGUUUGCACUCGCGACGCAGACGUCGUCGUGCGUGCAGCACUGGCACCGACUUGCGCAGCACCAGCGCCGGCGACGUCCACACGUGGCUGCGAUGCUCGCGGCGAGGACGACUCGGACUACGUGGCGGGUACUGCACCUCUGGCACCGACAGGCGCGACUUCAGAAAGCCGUGCGGCGCGCGGGGAUCGAGCACCGACUCUGCGCGCUCGACCACGUCUUUGUUGCGUGGCACGCCUACAGUGCGGCCAAGCGGCACCGGUGCCACCUUGCAGACGAUCUGGUGACAUCGCGCCAAUCGAUGCUGGCGACACGCGUGCUAACGCUUUGGGCGGCGUGGGCUCACCGCCGAUGCCGCGCGCGGACGGUCGUGCUGCGACCGCACAGUCUCUGCAAAGCUUACUGGCAGCGCUGGUGCCGCGCGUAUAAGGUGGCCACCUACUUUGCAUGGUAUCGCAUGCGUCGCGUGUUUCAUCUCUGGGCGGCGGGCACCGAUCUUCGACGGGCGCGCCGGACAACGACUGCGAUAGCAGACGCGUUUGCCAUACAGCGGACACUGGCUUUUUGGCACCAGACGACGCGAUGCGCGGCCAACGGACGUCAGCAUUUGCACGCCGCCCGCAUACUGUACGAGACGCAGCUCCGGCGCAAACUGCUUCAUGCGUGGGCGCGCCAGUGUCGCCGUCGAGAAAGUUGGUGGCAAGACGCAGUCGCCGUGUACGCUGCCACGCUUCGACGACGCCACGUGCCGUCUGUCUGGGCGGCGUGGCAGACGUAUUAUUCCACCAAGAAAACACGAGCAGCGACGGCAAAGCUCGCUGCGUCUUGCUGCGAGCACGUGCGGCAGAAGCAUGCGCUUUCUCGCUGGGGCGUGGUGGCGCAAGCGAGCCGCCUACACGCGUCGCAUGCAGCGACAGCAACGGCGCACUGGCAAUGCGUACUGUCCGGUCGCGUUCUCAGUGCGUGGGCGUCGCACGUGCGGGACACGCGCCGCCUCCAGCAGCAGUGCAUUCGCAUGGGCCAACUCUUGAUGACGCGCGUCGUUGCGCAGGUCGUGGCGGCGUGGGUGCGCUUCACCGCGACGCGUCAAGCGAAAGCCGAGAAGCAGCUUGUGGCCAUUUGCCACCGCAAUAGAAUGCUGCAAGGUGUCCUCUUCCUCGACUGGUGGCAGUGGACGACGCGACAGCGCCUGCGACGCCGCGCAGCAACACACUUUGCGCGAAGAGCCACGUCGGCGGUGUUUGCUCAGUGGCGCCGCUGUCUUGUACUGCGCAAGACCGAAAGCUUUCGCUCGGCCAAGGAAGGGCGCAUCAUGCGCGCGUGCUUUGAGCACUGGCAGACGUACUCCACAAGAGCCAGAACACUGCGGUCCUGCCGCGUGACCAUCGUGCACCAGCGAGAUCGCGCGUGCUGCAGCCGCAGCUUCCAGGCAUGGCGGCGUUGGACGACGCUCCGGUCCCUUAGCUACGGCGCCCGCCUUGCCUACUGUGAACGCUUGCUCUCGCGCGUUCUCGACGGCUGGCGCCACCAUAUUCACGUCCACCACGCGGCGGCGACGGUUCGAACUCAGUCCCGUCUAGUCUUGGGCCAACUCGCGCUCGAUCUGCCCGCGACGUGGGACGCGUGGCAGUGUCUCUUUCGAGUGCGUCACUGGCAUCGGCACGCGACCUAUGGCGUCGUGUGGACCGGAUGGCGCGUCUACGCGGUCGACCACAAGCGAUUGCAGACGCACUCCAUUGCGAUAGCGCGACGGGCGGCAAGGUCGCUGCAGGCGCGCGCUCUGCAAGCGUGGCACCUCCAUGCGCACCACGUUGUCCUGCUCCGCCGUGCGCUUGUCGCCAAGCGGCAGCGAGACCACGUGCUGACAAUGCACUUGCGGCAGCGCGGCCGGCAGCAUCGCCAAGCCGCCUUUACGCUCUGGCGCAACGCCGUGCUGGCAGCACGGUCUUUCUUUCACUGUCGACAGCGCCAGCGCAACGUGCGGAUAAUCGCUGUGGUGCUUGCAGCAUGGCGUCACCGAAGUACGAUGGCGCGACGCGUGCGCGAGAUGCUACGCCACAUGGCGUCAUGGCGAACGCAGCGCGCAGUCCAAGUAUGGCACCAACGACUCAUCGCCCGCGCCCAUAUGCGAGUUGUCCUCUCUGUUGUGGACCGCUGGCGCCGCGACCAGACGCUGCACAAGGUCUGGCCUCGCUGGGCGACCGCGGCUUCGCGCCAGAAACGACUCCGACGCUUCUCGCUGGUGCGCGAGCAGAAAGUGUGGCACGAGGCUGUGCGCCGGUGGCAGUACAACAUCCACAUCAUCCAGCUCGCGACCAAGAGCCGCCUUUAUGCUCGAUUGCGUCUCCUGAGCAAGCGCUUUGGCCAGUGGCGCCACAAGGCAAACUGGCUGAAAUGCGUGCGGACGUUUACCAUUCGCGUGACGUCGCAGACGUGGCGGAGCGCGUACGUUCGUCAUUGGCGGCUGCACACCCAACGCGCGGCGAUCGAGAGAAGCGCUUGCGACUACAUGGCGCAGUUGCGCUGCCGCCAAGCAUUAAGGGCCUGGACAGCUCGCAAGGCGGACGCGGUGCAGUACCGUCGGGCGACACGGUGUCACUUGCGGCACCUCUGGCGCCGGUGGCGCAGCGUCGCGCUCGACAACCGUGCGAGCUGGUGGUACCAACAGACCUUGAUGCGAGCAUCGAUGACCUUCUGGCGCACGUUUUGCAUCCACGAGCAGUCGGUCCGGUACCAUCACGCGGUGGCCUCGCGCCGACGCCUCAAAGACGCCUGGGCAAAAUGGCGAGACUACCAGUGGAAGCGACUCGCGACAGCGCAAGCCCGUGCGUUUGCUCGCUUCCGCCGGCUCCAGACCGGCCUCGACGCAUGGCUCUUGGGCAUCGAGACGCAAGCGGCCGAGACGACGGCAAUGGAAGCCGCGGCGACGGCGUUGUAUGCGGCUCAGCUCCGGCGCCAGCAUUUCCGUGGCUGGUCGCACGCCAUUGUUCGCACCAAGGCGCAGCGCCAGCGACAGAAGGCCAUGGUCCACACGUGGCUAACGCAGCGACAACAGCGGCAUCUCAACCUUGUGUGGUGCGCGUGGGCGCGGGUGAGUCGCCGACAUCGGGUCCUGGACCAGCAUCGCGCUAUGAAACACACUUCCGUGACGCAAGCGGCGUGGCAGCACUGGCUGCGGCAUGUCGAGCACCAGCGCGUCCGCGCCAAGCAGGUCCACUCCGCCCAAGCGCUUUGGCGUGACAUCUUGCUGCGCCGCACGCUGCACCAUUGGCACAUUUCUGUCGUUGCCGGCCGCGCCGAGAACUUGACUUUAUAA